AUGCCACAAAAAAUUUUUAUUAAAGAACGACGUGAGGUAGUUAAGUCAUUGUGGAAUAAUGGAAUACAAAAUUUAAAAAAAACCAAAAAUUUAAAACAACGAUGUUGUUCAGGACGCCUAAAGGUUUUAAGUCCAAAAAAGCGGCGUCACCUUAGUCAGCUCGCUCGUUCGCCUACUCGUACAGUCCAGAGACGAGUUUCUUGGGCAGAAGUUCAUAAAAAUAAAAAUUGGGAAAAUAUG